AUGGAUACCCCAAACACUGCUGCAUCUGCAGCUGCACCAGUACAAAAAAAGAAGACAAUAUCACUUGUCAUAUCAAAGAAACCUUACACUAAUCCUACUCCUCCGAGCAAUACAACAACAACAACAACAACAAAUAUACAACCAAAGAUACAACAAAAUACUGCUCCCUUUCCCUCCUUACAUACAGUACCUACCAAUGUAGUUACACAACAACAACAACAACAACAACAACAACAACAACCUCCACAUCUACCUACUCCAGUCGUACAAAAUGGUAUACAACAACAAACAGCACAAGUACAGUCUGUUGCACCAACAAAACCAAAUAAUACAGUAUCUUUGAAGAUACAACCUCAAUCUCCUGUCAAAAAAACAGUAUCUUUAUCGAUUGCACCUAAACCUGCGACGGUUUCUUUAUCUAUAAAGAAAGAAAAUAACAACAAUCAAACUACAUCAUCUGGUAUCUCGAAUAACAAUACUAAUAUAUAUAACAACACUAACAACAAUAAUAACAAUAAUAAUAAUAAUAAUUUUAACCCAAAUAAUAACAAUAGUAUUAAACAUACUUAUAACAACCACAACAACAAUAAUAAUAAUAAUAAUAAUAAUAAUAAUAAUAAUUAUCACCAAAAUACAAAUACAAAUAUAAAUACAAAUCAAACAAUGGUGAAUUACUCUGAUACACAAAAUAAUAAUAAUAAUAAUAAUAAUAAUAAUAAUAAUAAUAAUAAUAAUAAUAAUAAUAAUAAUAAUACAAAUAAUCAACAAAUAAGUUUAAUACCAUUCAACUUUAAUAAUAAUGUACCGAUUGAAUUAAAUUUUCAAUUGGUCAAUCAAACAAGUUUUAGUUGUUUGGAUCCAAAGAAUCCAAAAAUUACAGAAAUAUUUUCAAGUAUCCAUGGAGCAAAAUCAGAGCAACAUGAUGAGAAUCUUUGGUGGUUGUUACCAGUGACCGAACACCAAACAAUUGUAUAUAGACUCGAAUCACUGGGACCAAGAGUAAAGGUCAUCAAACUACCAAAACACAUUAUCAACUCAUUUGCCAACCCAAACAUCAAACUACCACCUCCAAUCGAUUUAUCACGUGUUCCAGCAACACUCUUAAAUACUCUGAUGCCAUUCCAACUCAAAGGACUAGAGUUUGGAGUUGAACAUGAGGGUAGAUGUAUUGUUGGUGAUGAAAUGGGUCUUGGUAAAACGGUACAAGCAAUUGCCAUAUCCUACUAUUAUCGAAAAGAAUGGCCACUAUUGAUCAUCACCCCGUCAUCACUUCGUUUGGUGUGGGCUGAUGCAUUGGACAAGUUUUUACCAGGUAUCUUUAAAUCGGGUGAAAUCAAUUUAGUCAUGUCUGGAAAGUGUGGUUUGAAUGGUUUGGUCAACAUCAUCUCGUACGACUUGUGUCGCACAAAGUUGGAAGAUGUUUUGGCCAAAAACUUCAAAGUGGUCAUUGCCGAUGAAAGUCAUUUUAUCAAGGAUUUCAAGAGUCAGCGAACGCAAUGUGUUGGAAAGAUCAUGGCAAAGGCAAAUAGAAAGCUUCUUUUAACAGGAACACCGGCCAUUUCACGUCCGUGUGAACUAUACCAACAGAUACAUUGCAUUGCUCCCUUUUUCCUCGGUUGGAAAGAUUAUGUCUUUAGAUAUUGCAAUGCAUACUAUGACAAAUUUCACCGACUAAAUUAUUUUGGCAACAGUAAUUCCAAAGAAUUGAAUACCUACCUCAACACGAUUAUGAUCCGUCGUCUCAAGGAUGAUGUAUUGUCGGAUCUGCCCGAAAAGAGAAGAGAAAAGAUUUUGGUUGAAAUUAAAAAAGGUGAUCUUAGAAAGAUCAAAAAGACAAUGGGUGAUAUUCAAUCGGCCAAAAACACAAUCAAAAAUACUGGUGACAGAACUGAAGCUGCUCGAAAAACAUAUUCAAAAAAAUCUCUCUACACCAAAUUGUUUAGAGAUACUGGUCUUGGUAAAUUGGGUGCUAUCGAUCGGUUCUUAAAGGAUAAAUUGGAAGUUUUUGAUGGUAAAUUUAUUAUAUUUGCUCAUCAUCUUGAUGUUUUAGAUGGUAUUUCAAAUGUUUUAAAGUCGCGAAAUUGUGAAUAUAUUAGAAUUGAUGGUAAUACAAAUGUACAGACAAGAGCAGAUUAUGUAAAUCUAUUUCAAACUGAUGAUACUAUUAGGGCCGCAGUACUCAGUCUUACGGCUGCAAGUACAGGUUUGACAUUGACAGCUGCCAACUUGGUUAUAUUUGCUGAAUUGUAUUGGACGCCUGGAACCCUUUUCCAAGCUGAAGAUAGAGCACAUAGAUAUGGUCAAACCAGCUCGGUCCUCAUCCAAUACCUUGUCGGAAUUGGAUCGGUCGACGAGAGCAUAUGGAAUAUGAUCGAAGAGAAAAAAGAUGUUUUGGGUAGAGUGUUGGAUGGACAAGGAUCAGCUCUUGAAGUCGAUCAAACAGAUACUAUUCUACAAAAUGAAAAUCAAAUUGAAGACUAUCUAGACGCUAUCAUCAAGCGUGUAGAGGAUAGAGACGCUGUUAGACAGAUAAAAUAUGAAAAAAAAUUAAAAAAGAUUCAAGAUAAACAAAAUGGAGUUAAAAAUGAAAUUAAUAGUGAAAAUGAAGAAGAAGAUGAUGAUGAGGAGGAGGAAGAAGAAGAAGAGGAGGAACCUGAAGAUUAUAAUGAUGACGAUUUUGAUGAUAAUGGUACUCUUAAAAAAUCAUCAAAACCAAAAUCAAAACCAUCAAAACCAAAACCAAAAGCAAAACCAAGAGCAAAACCAAAAGCAAAACAAUCAAAAUCUUCCGCAACAACCAAAAAUAGUACAACUAAAUCUUCAACAAAGAAAUCAAAGGAUCAAAAGGAUCAAAAUGAUCUUACUGGAGCAGGUGAGGAUGAUGAUGGUAUAGAUUUACUAAAUCUAUCUGGAUUUGGUGCAGAGGAGGAGGAGGAGGAGGAGGAAGAAGACAGUGAUGUAUUUGUCCAACCACAAGCAAGUUCAAAAAGUAAAUCUAAGGAUAAAGGAGCAACCAAAAAGAGAAAAGAUUUGCCUCCUGUUAAAAAUGAGGCAAUUAAAAGGAAAAAGACCACAUCUACAACAUCAACAACAUCAACUACCACAUCGACAACCUCAACUUCUACUUCUCCACCAACUUCACCUACACUUGGCGAUGGUGGUAGUGGACACCGAACACCAUCAUCAUCAAAGAAAAUUAUGGUUGAUAUGGAAGAAGAUUUUGAAGAGAUUACACACAUUACCGAUUUCACAACCACUAGCAACAGUUACCAAAAUGAUUUGGACAAGUUUGAAAUGUUUAGAUAUAAAAAACCAGAAUUAUAA